UGGCUUGCCGUUUGGACAACUACCGCAGGAGGAAGAAGAACAACAAUAAUAACACUACAAAAGACAGCAUCUUCGCUUGCUGUUUUUUGGUCUCGGAAGCUUUAUGCUAUCUCUGUUAGCAUUUUUCUGAGGAUUUUGGCAAAUGUGCGAGUCAAUCUACUUGCGUGGCUAUGAUCUGGGUUUCUGCGUAGAGAUUUGCUCUUGGCUUUUCAGAGAUGUUUGAUUGGAACGACGAAGAGCUUGCAAACAUAAUAUGGGGUGAGGGUGAUGAGAGUGGUGACCACAUUGUGCCUUAUCCUGAGGCAAGUGAAGAUUAUCCCAAGAAGAAGCAAUGGAACCAAGAAACUGCUACCAUCAAGUCUACUGAGCUGAGGACAGCUGGGGUGAAAAUUGAUUUGCAUGGCAGAAAGCUGGAGAGCAGUUCCGACCUUGACACCAAUGCAGAUAUUACUACUUCAGGAUUUGGCGAGGAUUUAUGGCCUGAUUUGUCUUUAUCCAAUCCUGCCAAAACUGAUCAGGAUUCUAUGGGUACUGAGGUGUCUAACAGCUUAACUGAAAUUAAACAAUUUAAAGCAUCAAGAGGUGAGACAGCUCAACUUGAUAAAGAUGUUGAAAUUUUUCAAAAUACCCAUGAAGAUAAAGAACAAGAUGAUUUGGUUGAUUAUGAAUGGGCAAAUAUUGGAAGCUUUGAUGAUCUUGAUCGAAUUUUCAGUAAUGAUGACCCAGUUUUUGGCCAUACAAGUGUUGGUAAUGCUGAUGUGCAAUGGUCUUCUUCCAAAGAUGUUGCUAACAGCCCAGUAAAAACCUUCCCAAUAUCUGUUGACUCACCAAGUUUGGCUUCUGGAGAACCACAGAAACAAUCUAAACAAUUUGAAAUUAAAACAGAAUAUUUGCAACAUGAUGACCAGGCAUUUACCUUCGGCCAUGGGAACAUCAAAGAUCCUGCACUGCAUGAUAUGCAGAAUGCACAUGGGAUCUCAGAUCAUGUGGAAUAUGUUGGAGAUAAAAGGAAGCCUGUGGAAAAGGCACAGAUAGAUAUGGACAUGGUGGUGAAAACCUCUGCAGCAACCUCUCGCCCAGCUACUGCAAAUGUCAUGAACACUGAGGAGCUUAUCAAUAAGGCUUCUAGGCAAACAAAAAAGUUGAAAUGUCAAAGAAAGUCAUUGGAGAAGAAUGAGGGGACAACAUUACCUCAUUUGCAUGGUACCUGGUCUUCAUCACGAAACCCACCUGGACAAUUUGAGAGCCAAAUGGCUUCCUCCAUGCAUCAGUCUCCUCCCUCUUCAAUGCUCAGUCAACAGAGGCUGUUUCCAGGACCCGAGUCUUUACAAUACCAGCAUGUUGCCAAUCUAUAUGUGGUUCCAUCAGCAUAUGGGAAUCUCACGAGUCCAUAUCCUGCCAUGCCUGUGCUUGCUCACAUUCGGUCUGCUGAGCAUAAGCAUCAGCCAUUGCUUUCUGGUUGUGAUGGUUCUCCAUGCGGUCCAAAUCCUCAAAGCAAGUCAGUGAACACCCCUGUGAAACCUCUGACCAUGACACCUCAGGAAAAAAUUGAAAAACUAAGGAGGCGGCAGCAAAUGCAAGCACUGCUUGCCAUUAAGAAACAACAGCAACAAUUUAGUCAACAAGUCCCUUCUAACAAUAAUUUUAUCACUCAAAGAUGCCUCCAAGAAAGCCAAACUCAGCACUUUGAGGAAGCCAAUCUUGAAGUUGAAGAUAAAAGCACUCUUCCUGCUCUGAAUCCAACCUCACCUAUUGAGCAAGAUGAUUCCAAUACAGUCUCUGUGGCAGUAAAUAAUUAUUCAGUGGAGGAUAUGGUACUUUACAGGCUUCAAGAUAUUAUUUCAAAGUUGGACAUGAAAUUAAGACUUCGUAUACGGGAUAGCUUGUUCCGGUUGGCUCAAAGUGCAAUGCAAAGGCAUCACGCUAGUGAUACAGGCAGUACCAACAAAAGUAGCAGGGAUGAACAUGAAGUCGUUGCAAAGGAAGAAAUCAACAGUUUUAAUAGGUAUUCAACAAUGCCUGACAUGGAGACAGAGACUAAUCCCAUAGACCGAACAGUGGCCCAUUUACUCUUUCAUAGGCCUUUGGAGUUACCAUCAAGACAUCCUGAUACACCUGAAUCACCUAUUUCUACAAAGCUUCCACAUGAAUGCAAAGUCGCAGGCUCAGUGAACUUGUCGAUGGGCUGCCUGCCAGAGGGUGCAAAAAGUAAACAGAACUCUCCGCACCAAGGAUCUAAGAAUUCUUGCCCGUUAUCUGAAACCCACCAUGUCAAUCAGUUUAAAAGUGGCCCUUGCAUAGACACUUCAGAGAACGCUUCAAACAAUGAGACUGCAGAUGGUGGAGCUGUGGAGGCUGAUGCCUCUAAAUGAAUGGAAUUAUCUUCCGGGAUUCUGAGGCCUAGUGGAUCGUUAUCAAGAGUGGAUCAUGGAACCUCAAACCUCAUUGUUAUGGAAGACCCUAGAGAAAUUGCAUGAAUGCAUGUUUCAAGUAGCAUGGUCAAAAUGGUUUUGUACUUCUAUCUGGGAUUUUACUUUUAUCAAAUUCAUGGUGAUGACUGUUGUGUGUGUGUGACUCAAUAUAUGCCUAAUGCAUGAAAGGGUGAACCUACUUUAAUGUCUCAAGUCUCGGCAGAUACAUGCAUGCCAAUUGAGUUGGAAAGUUUGAAUUAUAUACUUGAGGUACUUCAUUAUGAAAUCGUUGGGCUAUAUCUGCUUAUGUUAAA